GUAACUUAUCGACGUGGUCCACAUUUAGCGAUGACUUGCAGCCAGCAAUUCUCGACAUCGGCGAUACGCACGGAUGGUGAUGGACGUUCGCGCCGGUCGAAACGGUUCUCUCGCUAGUCCUUGUGCGUUUGAUUAGAUAAGAUUAAAAUAUUAGGUUUUCCUGAACGAGAAAUCGAGAGCGACAUGCCAGGUGACAAAAGGGAAACGGAGGACCAGCUGUAGCGAGCCAAGAUUUAAUUGAGAAAUCGCGCGGUGACGAGGAGAGACGCAGAACGAGGAGGGCGGUGUGUGCUGCGCGUGGACUUCGGAAGGAGAGAGAAAAAAAGUAGAUAAUGAUGUAACGAGUUGUCGUAAACGGCUCGUCAACGUAUCGCCCCGCGACCACGUACGUGCCUACCACUACGUUUACGCCGUCGUGAGGAAAAAUAGCACGUGGCGCACGUCAAGAUAACUCUUCCCCCCAGCAGGGACUGGCAGGGACACUGGACUGGCGCACGGUUAAUCGACCUUGUCGGGUCGACCGGGUCGGGUGAUUGACGGGACCACGAGCGGGACUCUAUCGCGCGGUUCCGUCGCGCGAUAAAAUACAAUCGGAACAUGAUACGUCGUACCUGGACGGAGGAGCGUGACGUUCGCUGAAACGUCAUUUGAAUUCAGGUUUUACAAACGGUGUAUGUACUAAUGUCUCGGACACUAACUCGAUUGGAACUGUUCGGAUAAGAUGUCCAGCCAGCUGCAGACCAAUUUGAUCGCCGCCGCAAUCGGGGCGACUAUCGGCGUCAUAAGCGCAGCGAGUAUUUUUAUUUAUCAGAAGGUUUUGGAGAAGCAGCAGCACGCCAUGAAGAAUGCCCACCUGGACGAAGUCGAUCGCCGUCUUACGGAGCUACAAACAGAACUGGAGAGACUGAGAGCACAACAGAACCAACAGAGAAAAAAGAAGAAGCUUAAUUCUAAACGCGACAAUGAUAAGACGUACACUACAACAGAUAACGAUACCGACGUGGACUUCUCAACGGCAGGCGAUGAGGAAUUUUUUGACUGUUCGGACAGCGAAAACGGUAUAAGUGACAUUGAGAACAGGACAACUGAAGCCACCUGCCCUGGAUUAGACUUUUCCGCUUUCGACGAGCGUCACCGACAGGGUGGGCACGAAGAGGAUGAUCAUUUUCAGCUACGAGGUCUCGUAGACACAUAUUCAGAUAGCAUAGACAUAGUAUGGAGAUAUGCCAGAAGUUGUUAUAAUUAUUCAAAUUGCACCACUGAUGCAAAUGUAAAGGAAACUGUUAUUCGUGCGGGAAUUGAGGCCUGUGAAAAGCAUCUCAAUACAUCAAAUGCAGAUCUGUACAAAUGGUACGCUAUACUCGUAGGCGUGAACGGUGAUCUUUUGCCGAUGGCGGAGAAAAUACAAAACGGUUACCGUUUUAAGGAGCUCGUGAUGAAAGCCUUGGAGAUACGUCCGGAUGAUGCUGACCUGCAUCACUUACUUGGCAGAUUCAAAUACGAGGUGGCUAACUUAAGUUGGAUAGAAAGAAAGAUUGCUGCGACGUUAUUUUCGGAGCCACCAAGUGCCUCGUACGAAGAUGCGAUCGAUUGCUUCCGGAAAGCGGAGGACUUCUCGGUCGAAGUAAAUUUAGAGAACAAAUUGUUCUUAAGUAAAUGUUACAUAGCACUGGGCAACUAUGAAUUGGCCUGUCAGUGGCUAGAAAAACUUUGCGACCUAUCGGUUACGAGAGAUGACGACAUGAGGAUACAGAAUGAGGCGCGUCAACUUCUUGUCAAGUACUUGAGUUAUUGAUAACGGAAAUGUUAAUUUUUUAGAUCUGAGAAUGUAUCCAUUCCAUAUAUUACGAAUACAUUAAUUGCGCGCGACAAAUGUAAAGAAUUCGCAGUUAAAUGUGGGUGGGAAAAGGAAAACGCAUAAGUAAUUCUAAUUAUACGGAGGGAGGUACGCAACAACUUUACUAUGGGCGAAUUUUUAUAUUGUAUAUCAAAUUGUAUAAAAUAACUGUUGCUUGUCUUAAGAGACGAGGAUACAGUGAGAAAAGGAUACAGAGCUACUAUGAGGUGUUUAGAAAAUAACUUGUGAUGGAACACAUUUUAGAAAAUCGUCAUUUUAUUGUAUAAAUAUUGGGCCUACCACAUGGUUUAUAUUUUAUUCAUUACAUAGACCUAUAAAUUUAUUAUGUUGGUUUUAUCUUUCUAUUGUCUGUUUCUUAAUAAAUGACACUAUACGAUAAACACAA